CCGGCGCUCGAAUGGAAAGGAGGUUGCCUUUCAGUUUUGCUCUUUCUGUGUGGCCUCAGCGUGAUUUUAGCCCCACUCGAGUGCUUGUAAAAUCUCACGGAGUGCGCAUUUUUGCACACUAAACACUGUGGAAUUUAUUAAACAAAUACCCCAGCAGUGUUUGAUUGGGACGUGUGCGAAUGGCCUAAUGCUGGAUAAAUGCAUUUCUUGUGCGCCGCCAGUCCCUCCGCAUGGUGAUGUAGUGAAAAGUCCGUAGCUCGUCAAAUAAUCUACAUGUGUAUGGAUCGCUUCGGCCACCACGAUAAAACGCGGACUUUCAUGACAAUUUUAUCUCCGGACGAUCGAUUGAUCUCAGUGUACAUCCAAGAGCUGAAGCAUCAUCGUGAUCUGUCGAUGGUCUAAAGUGAAACUUUUACGUUCAUUGAAUGCCACAGAGAGAUGUGUUGGUUAAAUCUGUGUUUCAUAUCAUAAAUAUUAACAUUUAGUGUUUGGCUCUUGUGACUUGUUUCAACGUCUUUCACACAAAAAAUCGAAACCACACAGCCUCGUGUGUGCUUUUCCUGGCAUCAACAAUCGCCAAGACGGACGAGAGCAACAGCGUAAUUAUGAAAAUAAUCGAUCAUGGAUCGAUGCUAGUGCAUAUUUUGGUGAAAAGUUCAAUAAUAGUGAAGUCACAUUGGAAGUAAAGUUGUGGAGAGAGGAUAUUUUUGAUCAUUAACAUCAGAGCCACAUAAAUAGCGCUGUAAACUUUCUUGAGAACACAUCACGAGAUCACCUCGACGACACAUGUUUGAGAAAGAUGAAUAAGGUUUGGAGCUCUCGGAUGAUCAUGAAAUUUCUCUUUGCACUGGGAGUAUGGUCUUUUCUACUGCUGGGUCUCCUCAAGCUGCAUAGCAAUCGCGUAAUCCUUGAAGAGGAUAUUCAGUCGGGCAUCAACAAUGGGCGGCUCCUACUACAAAAGGACGGACGCUACCAGGAAGCAACAUCAACGACCACGGAAAAGUUUCUCCCACUUGAUGUUUUGAUUGACAAUCGUACGAAAUUGGAUGACGAUCAACUGAUACGCGACGUGGAAUCUCGGUUGCCAUCUCUGCCGAUAGCGUACUGGAGCAAGCAUAAAAAUUUCUCACAGCAGAAAUCAUCCACUUGCGCCAAGUACCCAUCAAUCUUUGAUCUGGAAUUUAACAACAUUUACUGGCAGACUCUGCACACAAGCAAUGGUACAUUCCAGUUAUACGGAGCGUACUAUGAUAUCCGGAAAAAAUCCAGGAUAGGACCUGCUGUUAGAAUACUAGGCAUGAUCGAUCGGAUUGAGCCUAAAGUGAAGACAUAUUGCCAGUUCUGGUUUGACGGCCAAAAGGAACCCUUCAUAGUCAAAACAUUCGAAUACAAGUACGUGUGGUACAACAAAUGGGGCAACUACAAACAGGGCAUCUACCAGCCUUACUUGAUCGCGUGUCAAAUUCCUAAAGCCUUUCAUGGUAUUAAGCCUGCCUCGGUGUCUGUUGUGGAGAAUGAAUGCGAUACAGCGUCAAAUAAUCUAAGAGUGCUACACAAUCACCCAUUGGAUGGGAAGAAGAAGAACUUCGCAGUUUGCGUUAAAGGCCUAGACUUCCUUUACGAUGACCUUUCUGUACGUUUAGUUGAGUGGAUUGAACUUCUCAAUAUCUUAGGAGCAGACAAAAUCUACUUUUACAACCUCCAAGUGCAUCCCAAUAUCUCAAAGGUGCUGGACUACUAUGAGGCUGAGGGAAAAGUUCACGUUACUCCGCUCACGUUGCCUGGAGGACAGCCCAAUGUCCCAGGAUUCCAGCACCUCUAUCUUACGAAAAAGACCAACCAUAAGCGUCAGAACGAACUCAUUCCUUACAAUGAUUGUUUGUAUAAGAACAUGUACAUGUACAAGUUCAUCACACUCCUAGAUAUUGAUGAGGUGAUUAUGCCUAAGGGUGAACUCAAUAAUUGGGCAGAACUCAUGGAUACAGUACUGCCCAAGUCGCUGAAACAGCGCAAAGAGGGCUACCACAGCUACAACAUGAGGAAUGUUUACUUCCUCGACGGUUACCAACACGAUCAUGGAUGGAACAAGGACAUUCCUAAAUUUAUGCACAUGCUGCAACAUGUUCAUCGUGCACAAAACUACACGAAACCCAAUCAGUACGUCAAGUGCUUCCACGAUCCCGAGUCCGUUCUCAGCUUGCACAACCACUUUCCACUUUCCUGUCUCGGCGGUGCUUGCAAGUCCUUUCCCGUGGACACGGCAGAUGGCCACCUACAACACUACCGAGCAGAUUGUGUCAAGAGUCUUAAGAAAAGCUGUGAUGAGUAUAAGGAGCACCAAGUUCGCGAUACUACCAUCUGGAAAUACAAGGAAGAACUCGUGCAGCGCUCAAUGCGAACCCUCGAGAAGCUGGGCUUCUUCCGAAAUCCACCCACUGGCCGGGGAUCACGCGACCUGGAGCGGUGAUCAUGAUUUCAGUCAAAUUUCCUAAAUCAAUUUGCACACCAAGCGAAAGAGCUGAUGAUGAUUAUGAUAUGAAUAGAAAUAAUUGUGAUAGUAGAACAGAAAGGGUGAACCUUGUAUACUUAUAAAGAAAAGAUGCAAACAAUCCUUAUAAAUGUAAUAAAUUUUGUAGAGGCGGAACUAUCAAAACAUGUAUUGUGAGGUUUUUGCUCAAUACGAUUAUUAAUCAUCGUAUUGUUGAGGACAGUCAAAAGAAAGUCAAAUAGAUAUUUGCUGAGUUAUAGAAAAAGAGAGAACGACUUAAAAAUGUGUGUUGUGUGCCUUCAUGAGACAUAAUCAUUCACAAAAAGAAGAAAAAAAACACAGAUGUUUUUUGAAAAUGUGUGACACAGUGUUUGGCUAGACACUAUUGAAAAUAUAAUAAAAAAGCAUUGUUUGAAAAGGAAUUAUACAAAAAAGUAACCGUGAUUUAAAAUAUUAGAUAAUUAGUAGGUAGUUGUUGUAUGUUAUAUGGAAAGACUGAACCGUUGUUUAAAGGGAAAAAAUAUAAAUGAAAGAAGGGGAAAAGACGUAGAAAAAUUGAUCAAUUAUUUAUUAUUCAAUUGCAAAAUACUGUUCAAACACACAAAAGUGCUGUAUAAAAUUAUUUUCCUUCCUAUUACAUCGUAAAUGUGUGUAAAUAAGUUGAAAAUAAAGAAAAUCAUAACAUUAGAAUACAACAAAUGAGAAAAGAGUCAAAUGAAAACUGAAUCAAUUAAAUGUUAAGUUAAUUUAUCCAAUUUUCUGUCAAGAGUCAUUUAAAUCUAAUCCUAUAUUAUAUUUGAUAUUUAAAUUCAGCAAAAUACU